AAAAAGUCGAGCUUCCACGACUCCACAGCCACUCCAGCUCCAAGUUGCUUCGUAGGACCGCAGGAAUCAUCUCAUCCUUCAGACAUGUUGAUGUUUGUGAUCAGCCUCGCCACUUUCGUGUGCGCCUCCACAGCACGGCCUUCGGAGAACUAUCUGGAGAAUCGUUUCGCCUCUGAGAAUAAAUCACAGGAGGUGCGUUCAGCUGCCAUCAAGAGACUUUUGGAAGUUUUUGGGAUGGAUGACCCUCCUGCUAUCCAUGGACACAAGCAGCCUCCUCAGUACAUGCUUGACUUGUACAACACAGUUGCUGAUGUGGACGGUGUGACCAAAGACCCGUAUCUUCUGGAGGGGAAUACUGUGCGCAGUUUCUUUGACAAAUUGCGCAGUGAACAGGUGGAGUUCAGCUUCAAUUUGUCAACAGUUGCAAGAACCGAGAAGAUUCUCACUGCAGAGCUGCAUCUUUUCAAGCUGCGUCCUCACGGAUCAUUCAGCAGACAUCACUUCUGCCAGGUCAGUGUUUAUCAGCUGCUUGAAAGUAGUAUAACCAACAACACACAGAUGAAGAAGCUGCUAUCUUCUCGACUCAUCCCAGUCCACUCUAAUGGUUGGGAGGUGUUUACAGUCACACAAGCAGUCCGCUCUUGGAUGAUGGAUGAAGGCAAUAACCUGGGGCUCCAUGUGGUGGUCCGGACACUGGGAGGAAGUCAAAUAGAUAUGAAACUGAUCCGGUUUGCUUCAGAACGUAGUCACCAUCAGAGCAAACAGCCCAUGUUGGUUCUCUUCACUGAUGAUGGACGCCACUCUGCUCCUCUUGAGAGUAAAGAUCCAAGUGACACCACUGCCAGCUCCACUCUGCUUCAGCUGCUCAUGUCAGGCCCAUCUUCCCGCAGCACUCGCUCUCUGGACUACAGUGAGGAGGAAGGUGUGUCUAUGCCCUGCCAGCGCCAGCCCCUGUAUGUCGACUUCGAGGAGAUUGGCUGGUCAGACUGGAUUGUAUCUCCCAGGGGUUACAACGCUUACCACUGCAAAGGCUCCUGCCCCUUCCCUCUGGGUCAAAACAUGAGACCAACCAACCACGCCACUGUUCAGUCAAUCAUUAAUGCCCUGAAGCUGAUCAAAGGCAUUGAGACGCCGUGCUGCGUGCCUGAUAAGCUCUUUUCCAUCAACUUGCUCUACUUUGAUGAUGAUGAGAAUGUGGUGUUGAAACAGUACAAUGACAUGGUGGCUGGAAGCUGUGGCUGCCACUGACACUAGCAGAUCAACUGGUGCUUGGCUGCACAGAUGUACAUUAGAAAUACAAUAGACAGCCGGCUGCCCUUUCACUCUUAUUAAUAUGCUGAGGUUUACAUGUGACAUUGUAAUAUAUGUAAAUAUGCAUAAAUUAUAAUAUAUAACAGUGAUGGAAAUAAUAUCCUGUUAAAGAUGUAAAUAUGUAUAUUUUAUGUUUCCUGUUGUCAGUGAUUAGUUAGAAUCAGAAUAAAUGUUGUAAACAAAG